UCCGGUAGCCGGAAGUAAGCAGGUGUGGAAGGCGCAGGGUUUCGACAAAAACGAGCGGCGACAGUCCCACCGCAGGGUCUAUGGCAGAGGCGGUGAGGCCCCCGCGCCGGGCCAAGGCCAAGGCCAGCCGGACUAAAACCAAGGAAAAGAAGAAAUAUGAAACCCUUCAGAGGGAAGAGCCUGCUGAAGUGUCCCUUCCAAAAACCUCCAGAGAGCUGGAAGUCCCUACUCCAGCUUGUGAGUUCAAAGAAGACCAUCUGAAGGUGUUAACUGAGUCCCAGCUCCAGAAUGAUGCCAGUGGACAAAAUGAGAGUGAAAUGUUUGAAGUACCACUCACCUCCUUAACUAUAAGCAAUGAAGAGUCUCUGACCUGUGACAUGGAGACUCUAAAGGAGGGGGAGGCGACCAGGGCCUGUGUUGGGGAUGAUGCAGUCAGGCCGAAGGGCGACCCUGGCGACAGUGUUGGAACCAAAGUAGAAAUCCCUGAGAACUUUACAGAAAUAGAGGAAGAUAAAUUGGUACAAAGUGGACCUUUAGAAAGCACACUGCAACCUGAUGUUUCUUAUAUUCAGCAGGAAAUGGAAAAUUUACAGGUCAGAGAAACUCAGAACAGGAAAGGCAAAGAAGCCUUGAAUCUUUCUUCAGAGGUGCUGCAGAAUGUUGGCUUGCAGAGUUCUUGUGAAGCCAAAGACAUUUUUCAGCCACCCAGAGUGAAAAAACUGUAUCCCCAGUUGCCAGCCGAAAUUGCUGGGGAUGUACCAGCUUUGGUGGCAGUGAAAUCCUUGCUUUGUAAUGAGCGACUCUACCCAGAGCUUCCAUCUCAACCAGAAGUAGUACCAUUUACUAAAGAGCAGCUAAAAAUCUUUGAGCCUGGUUCAUGGCUGGAAAAUGUUGAGUCCUAUUUGGAAGAAUUUGACAGUAUGGCUCAUCAGGACAGGCAUGAAUUUCAUGAGUUGCUUUUGAACUACUCACGAUGUAGGAAGCAGCUGCUGCUGGCUGAAGCCGAGCUCCUUGCCCUAACGUCUGAUUGCCAAAAUGCUAAAAGUCGACUAUGGCACUUCAAGGAGGAACAGUUGUCUGUACAGGGUAUCUGCGCAGAUCAAGUGAAAGUUUCAGGCUAUCAUCGCUACCAGAGAGUGGAGAUGAAUGAAAACGCCCUGGGAGAGCUAAAAAAGCUGUUUGAUGCCAAAUCUGAGCAUCUCCACCAGACCCUGGCUCUGCAUUCUUAUACUUCUGUGCUCUCACGGUUGCAAGUGGAGUCUUACAUCUAUACGUUACUCAAUAGUUCAGCUCUUCUGAGAUCUAUAGCAAUUCAUCAGGAAGGCCGAGCUUCUAAACAGAUAGACAGCAUUCCCUCUGAUCUUUGUCAGCUAAAGGAGUGCAUUAGUGUCUUAUUCAUGUUCACCAGGAGAGUUAAUGAAGAUACUCAGUUCCAUGACGAUAUUCUCCUAUGGCUUCAGAAAUUGGUAUCAGUGUUACAAAGAGUUGGCUGUCCUGGAGAUCACCUCUUCCUUCUAAACCAUAUUCUUCGAUGCCCGGCUGGUGUUAGUAAAUGGGCUGUUCCUUUCAUCCAGAUCCGAGUGUUGAAUAACCCCUCAGGGGUCUUUCAUUUUAUGCAGUCCCUUGCCCUGCUAAUGUCUCCUGUCAAAAACCGAGCAGAAUUUCUGUGCCACAUGAAGCCCAGUGAGCGGAAGCCAUCCUCCUCAGGGCCUGCGUCAGGGAUGUGGACACUAGUAGACGAGGGAGGAGAAGAGGACGAAGACCCCGAGACCAGUUGGAUUCUCCUUAAUGAAGAUGACUUGGUUAUUCUUUUAUCACAGUUUCCAUUUCAUGACCUCUUUCAGCAUCUUCUUGGGUUCAAAGCAAAAGGUGAUUAUUUACCUGAAACAACAAGACCUCAAGAGAUGAUGAAAAUUUUUGCCUUUGCUGACUCCUUAGUGGAACUUUUGGCUGUGGGGUUAGAAACUUUUAAUAGAGCACGCUAUAGGCAGUUUGUCAAGCGAAUUGGUUAUAUGAUCAGGAUGACCCUUGGUUAUGUGAGUGACCAUUGGGCACAGUAUGUGAGCCACAACCAAGGCUCAGGAUUGGCCUUGCAGCCCUAUUCCAUGGAGAAACUACAGGUGGAGUUUGAUGAACUGUUUUUGAGAGCUGUCCUACAUGUGCUGAAAGCCAAAAGACUUGGCAUUUGGCUGUUUAUGUCAGAAAUGCCGUACGGGACCUUGUCUGUCCAGAUGCUCUGGAAGCUUUUCUACCUCAUGCACCAGGUGGAGAGUGGGAAUCUGGAAAAGCUCUGCACUGCCCUCCCGCCUGCUGAGUGCAAGAAGCACCUCCAAGACCCAGAACAUUUUGUGAACUUUGAGAAGUGUCUUUCUUCCAUGAAUAGCUCAGAAGAGAUUUGCCUUCUAACUACUUUUGCUCAGAUGGCUCAGGCCAGAAGAACCAAUGUGGAUGAAGACUUCAUAAAAAUUAUUGUUCUAGAGAUAUAUGAGGUAUCUUACGUCACUCUGUCCACAAGAGAAACCUUUUCAAAAGUUGGCCGAGAGCUUUUAGGGGCCAUCACAGCUAUUCACCCAGACAUAAUUUCUGUCCUUCUGGAUAGAGUUCAAGACACCAUUGACCAGGUUGGAAUGGUCUCUUUAUACUUGUUUAAAGAACUGCCUUUAUAUCUUUGGCGACCUUCUGCCUCUGAGAUAGCUGUGAUUCGGGAUUGGUUAUUGAAUUAUAACCUGACGACGGUGAAGAAUAAAUUGGCCUGUGUUAUUCUAGAAGGACUGAAUUGGGGAUUUGGUGAACAGACGACUCUUCAUCUGGAUCAAGCAGUCCAUGCUGAAGUAGCUUUAAUGAUUCUUGAAGCAUACCAGAGGUACCUUUCACAGAAGCCAUAUGCUGGGCUUCUUUCUGAAAGUAUGAAGCAGGUUUCAUAUUUGGCCAGUAUUGUUCGAUAUGGAGAGACACCUGAGACCUCAUUUAACCAAUGGGCCUGGAACUUGAUCUUGAGAUUAAAACUGCACAAAAAUGAUUAUGGAUUACAACAGAACUGUGCAACUGUUCCCUUCUCCCGCACUGUGCCCGAAAUGACUGAGUCACCCACGUUUCAUCCUCUCUUGAAGGCUGUUAAGGCGGGCAUGCCCAUUGGCUGUUAUCUGGCCUUAGCUAUGACGGCCGUGGGCCACAGCAUUGAGAAGUUCUGUGCAGAAGGCAUCCCACUCUUGGGAAUUUUGGUCCAGUCGAGGCAUUUGAGAACAGUGGUCCAUGUCCUGGAUAAGAUUCUGCCUUUGUUCUACCCUUGCCAGUAUUACCUUCUAAAGAAUGAGCAGUUUCUAUCCCACCUCCUCCUGUUCCUACACAUGGACAGCGGUGUCCCUCAGGGUGUCACGCAGCAGGUCACCCACAAGGUGGCACAACACCUGACAGGAGCCAGCCAUGGGGACAACGUGAAGCUUCUCAACAGCAUGAUCCAGGCUCACAUUUCUGUAAGCACUCAGCCCAAUGAAGUGGGCCCCGUUGCCGUAUUGGAGUUCUGGGUUCAGGCUCUUAUAAGCCAGCAUCUCUGGUACCGAGAACAACCCAUCCUCUUCCUCAUGGACCAUUUGUGUAAAACAGCUUUUCAGCUGAUGCAGGAAGACUGUGUGCAGAAAUUGCUCUAUCAGCAACAUAAGAAUGCUUUGGGGUACCACUGUGACCGGAGUCUGCUGUCCUCUUUGAUGAGCUGGAUCGUGGCAGGCAACAUCACACCUUCCUUUGUGGAGGGCUUGGCCCUGCCUACUCAGGUCUGGUUUGCGUGGACAGUCCUAAACAUGGAAUCCAUCUUUGAAGAAGACUCCCAGCUCCGAAGAGUUGUUGAAGGAGAACUGGUUAUAAACUCUGCAUUGACCCCCGACCAAGCUCUGAAGAAAGCCCAGGCGCAGCUAAAGCUCCCCAUCGUUCCGUCCCUCCAGAGGCUGCUGAUUUAUCGUUGGGCCCACCAGGCUCUUGUCACACCUUCUGACCAUCCUCUCCUGCCACUCAUUUGGCAGAAGUUCUUCCUCCUGUAUCUUCACCGCCCAGGACCACAAUAUGGGUUACCCAUAGAUGGUUGUAUUGGAAGAAGGUUUUUCCAAAGUCCUGCUCAUAUCAGUUUGUUGAAAGACAUGAAGAGGCGCCUGACCGAGGUGGCUGACUUCCACCACGCUGCAAGCAAGGCCCUCCGCGUCCCAGCAGAGGGCAGUGAAGGGCCACCAGUGAGCCAGGCUGGCACCCCUGCUUACCUGACCUCCCCAGAGCUGCACACAGAGCUUGUGAGGCUCUUCAAUGUAUAUAUAUUAUGGCUAGAAGAUGAGAAUUUUCAAAAAGGAGAUACCUAUAUCCCUUCUCUGCCGAAGCAUUAUGAUACUCAUAGGCUAGCAAAAGUGAUGCAGAAUCAGCAGGAUCUGUGGAUGGAAUAUUUGAACAUGGAACGUAUACAUUACGAGUUUCAUGAAACCAUUGGUCUGUGGACGCAGACCAAGCUUGAGUCCCAUUCCACACCCUGCAGUUCGUCAGUGCAGUUGGAUUUCACUGAUCCUUUGCUGGCUAAAGAAAGGGUUUUAAGUAACCUGCGGAAGCAUGAGGACCCCCAGCCUCCCCUUGUUCUGCACCCAUUGAGGCCUCCUGUGCCAGUUAUUUCCUCAGCCGUGCUCCUGAGUCAGAAGGACACCACCCAGCUGCUGUGCACAGACUUGAACCUGCUACAGCAGCAGGCCAGAACUGCAGCUCUUCGGGAAUCUCAGCAGGUUGCCCUGGAUAGUGAGCUAUUGGACACAAUGCCCAAACAGUAUGUUAAUCGAGAAGAGCAGACCACUCUGAACUUGGAGUGUAGAGGCAAUAGUGGUAAGAAGUGCCAAGGAGCAGCGGUUGUAACAGUGCAGUUUGAAGGUAUGCAUAAGAAUGAAGCAGUAAGCCAACAGCUUCAUGUUUUGCGAAAAGAAGUAAAGCAGUUGCAAGCAGAAGCUGCUAAACCACCAUCACUUAAUAUCGUGGAAGCUGCCGUGCAUGCAGAAAACUUGAUUACGGCCUUAGUGAAUGCCUACCAGUCCCAGCCCACCCCCGGGGUUCAGAAGGUGGGCAUCAGCCUCUUCUUUACUGUUGUGGAUUAUGUCAGUGAUGAGACACAGCGCCAUCCUCCCACAAGGCAGUUUUUUACCUCCUGCAUUGAGAUCUUGGGACAGGUGUUUAUCAGUGGCACUAAAUCAGAAUGCAGAAAAGUCCUUCAGACCAUCCUGAAGAAUAGGAGGCUCUGCUCUCUCUUGUCUCCUUUCUUCACGCCCAAUGCCGCACCUGCAGAGUUCAUAGAGCUCUAUGAGAAAGUGGUAAAGUUUCUGAGUGAGGACAACAGUGAUAUGAUUUUCAUGCUGCUAACCAAGUUCGAUCUUAAACAAUGGUUAAACGCCACUAAACCUCCUCUGUCUGAUCGUACCAGGCUUCUGGAGUCCAUUCAUUUGGCACUUACUGCCUGGGGCCUUGAACCAGAUGAAGAUAUUCUGAUGCCAUUUAAUCUUUUCUGUAAGCACUGGACUUAUCUUCUUCUCUACCAGUUCCCUGACCAGUACAGUGACAUUCUCAGGCUGCUGAUGCAAAGCUCUGCUGAGCAGCUGCUGAGCCCUGAGUGUUGGAAAGCCACCCUGAGAGCCCUGGGCUGCUGUGCCCCAAACUGCCAGCAGGGGGCAGCUUCUGCUGAGAGCACGGUUCUUCAAAGCUCUCCGGAUGUUCUCUUGUCAGACAAGCAGGUGAUGGAGACUAUUCAGUGGCUCUCAAACUUUUUUUAUAAGCUUCGGUUAUCCACAUUGGACUUUAAAAGUUUUGGUUUAUUCUCAAAAUGGAGUCCUUACAUGGCUGAUAUGAAGACACUCUUGGGCUAUCUUGUAAAAAGGCUGCUUGACUCAGAAAUGGCCAGCUUGGCCCAAAACCCAUCUGCCAGUAACAAAACAGUGCUAAGAACCUUGCAUUCAGUAAUUGUCCAGCUCUUUAAGCCGUGGAUCCUUGUUUUAGAGGACAAUGAAAGCAGCCAACGACAUUACCCCUGGCUGGAAAGUGAUGCUGCGGGGGCCUCAAGUGUUGUCCAAUUGUUCACUGACUGCAUUGACUUAUUGCACCAGAGUUUUAAAGAUAAGCUCUUGCCAGGUGAUGAAGGGGCCCUUCGGUUACACCUGAUGCAUUACUGUGAAGCAUGUACAGCACCCAAAAUGCCCGAGUUCAUUCUGUACGCUUUUCACAGCGCCUACCAGAAACUCCCAUGGAAGGAUCUGCAUCCUGACCAGAUGCUAAUGGAGGCCUUCUUCAAGGUGGAACGAGGAAGCCCCAAGAGCUGCUUCUUAUUUUUGGGGUCCAUCCUCUGUGAAGUCAACUGGGUCAGUGUGCUCUCUGAUGCCUGGAGUCCCAGUCCACACCCAGAGACCCAGAGCAUGAUCGUCUGCCUCCUUUUCAUGAUGAUUUUAUUGGCAAAGGAAGAUCAACUGGUAGACCAAACAGAUUCACCUCUACUCACUCUCCUAGGACAGACAAGCUCACUCUCAUGGCAUCUUGUGGAUAUUGUGUCCUACCAGAGUGUGCUAGGUUACUUCAGCAGCCAUUACCAGCCAUCCAUCAUCCUGGCAAAGGAAUCUUCUGCUGAAUUAAUCGUGAAGCUCUUGAAAGUAUCUGCAGGCCUUUCCAUUCCUACUGACGGCCAGAAACAUCGUGAUGCAGUUCCAAAAUGCCGAGCCUUCACUCAUCAGAUGGUUCAAUUCCUUAGCUCCCUGGAACAAAAUGGAAAGAUCACCUUAGCAGUCCUAGAGCAGGAAAUGUCUAAGCUCCUGGACGAUAUCAUUGUUUUUAACCCACCAGAUCUGGACAGCCAGACCCGCCACAUGGCCCUCAGCAGCCUCUUUAUGGAGGUCCUGAUGAUGAUGAACAACGCCACAAUCCCAACAGCAGAGUUCCUCCGGGGCAGUAUCCGGACCUGGAUCGGGCAGAAAGUGCACGGGCUGGUGGUGCUGCCCCUGUUGACAGCAGCCUGCCAGAGCCUGGCUUCUGUCCGCCACAUGGCCGAGACGACGGAAGCCUGCAUCACUGCCUACUUCAAAGAGGGCUCCCUCAAUCAGAAUUUAGGAUGGGGCCCCAUUCUGGUGUCCCUUCAAGUUCCUGAGCUCACCAUCGAAGAGUUUCUGCAGGAGUGCCUGUCGCUUGGCAGCUACUUGACCCUCUAUGUCUACUUGCUUCAGUGUCUAAAUAGUGAGCAGACGUUGAGGAAUGAGAUGAAAGUGCUACUCAUCUUGAGCAAGUGGUUGGAACAGGUGUAUCCAAGCUCUAUGCAGGAGGAAGCAAAGCUGUUUUUGUGGUGGCACCAAGUCCUGCAGCUGUCCCUGGUUCAGACGGAGCAGAAUGACUCGAUCUUGACAGAGUCUGUCAUUCGAAUUCUGCUCAUGCUCCAGGGCCGACAGAGCCUGCUUGCCGAGGAGAGGCUCAGCUCAGGGAUUCUCGGGGCAAUUGGGCUGGGCCGGAAGUCGCCCUUGUCCAACAGGUUCCGAGUGGUUGCCCGAGGCAUGGCUGCCUUCCUUUCAGUUCAGGUUCCUACUGAGGAUCAGAUUCGUCUGAAGCCUGGCUCUGAAUUACAUCUGACCCUGAGAGCUCAGCAGGCCCUGAGUGCUCUUGAAUCCUUGACAUCAAGUAAGCAGUACAUGGAAUACCAAGAUCAGAUAUCACAAGCCACAAAAUUUAUAAAGCACCCUGGCCACUGCCUCCAAGAUGGGAAAAGCUUCCUGGCUCUUCUUGUGAACUGCCUCUAUCCAGAAGUGCAUUAUUUGGACAACAUACGAUAGUAAUGGAUAGUCCCACCAAGGCUCUUGAGUACCCUGUUGCUGUUUACGUUUACAUUUACCUUUGCUGUUGCACAGAUUAACUUUGCUCAGUUUUCACCGCAGUUUGGCCAAUGAGUUAGUUAGCUGACCUAGAUGCAAGUUGGUGGGCACUAGAGAAUUCUGUUGUGCAUGCGCACAUGUGUAUGUGUGUGUUUCCUUAGCUCUUAAAACGUUCCAGGGACUUUGUAGUUUUUAUAUUCAUCCAACAGGAGAAACUUACUAAAUUUUACUUGGGUAGAGAGCCAUUCAUAAGAUCCCAGUCGUCCUGUGAGACCCCAGGAUGGGGUUCUUUCCUGUGUCUCCAUUUCUGUCUUCUCCCGUUUGAUUUAAAGCUUGAGACUCCCGUGCCAGAUCUAACUACUUUGGGAAUCAUGUCUAACCCUCACUUUUACACCCCAGUUGUGUUUCCUCAGGGUGAAAAAAGCUGUGAAAAUUUCUACAUUUCUCAAAUGUGGGGAAAUACACCAGUUUGAAAGUA